AUGUGGUGCCAACGUCAGCACACGUACCUACCUUACCUACCUACCACAUGGGACAUGGGAAGGGAAGGAACCAACCACCUAGCAACCUUGGUGGGGGUGAGUGCUACGGAUUCCUACUCCGCCCUCAACACCCUGCGCGCUCCAAAAAGGCGAAAGAAAGUCCAUGCUCGUGCCUCCCGCCGACGAUGCGAAAGGCGGCCCUACUAUUGCAUUAACCGGCAGACGCACGUCAAGACAAUGGCUGACACCCCACAACCGUCGGGACCGGGCGGCUUCUUCCCUUCGCAAACUCUCCCGUCGCCCGCUCCUAGCACCGCCUCCGUCCGCUCCAGCGCGACUCUUCCACAUCCUCGCGCCAGAUCGCUGCGACCGGGAUCGAACAAGGAAGAAACGGUGCGUAGAUACGUCGAGGAACGCUUGGCUGUAGUCAACCGUCGCUAUGUCAAGAAGCAUGGGAACCCGGAGCCUGGCGAUCAAGUCGUCGGCUAUAAGACUUUUGCCGAGCUUUGCAAAGACCUCCACGGCGUCAUCGACGUCCUAUGGCUAUCUGGAACCCCGAGCAUACAGAUCCCAUUUCUCUUGAACAUCGCCAGUGACUUCACGCAGUGGAUUGACUCAUUUCCACCUUCUCCCAGAGCUGCCUUUUCCGUCUUGAAGAAAUUGGAUCACUGCUUUGCAAGUCUUUUGUCUGGCCGCGACAUAGAAACAAAAGCUACUCUGCCCGGUUUCGAGAACGGCAUGAGAGCAGGCAUGUCCACGACGGACAUGGUUCGUUGCCGAAGCUCUGUGGAGCAAACUAGGCUGGCUGUUGUCGAGGUUCUCAGCAGGGAGCCUGAUGAUGACAGCAAGGACGACGAAACGGAAGUGGACGAUAGUGAGACGAACACCACAAUGGGAAACGACAUCGGUAUUGACGAUACAACGGGCUUGGCACGGGACGACGACGACGACGACGAUUACGACGACGACGACAGCAUUUAUAUGGAUGCCGCACGAGUCUAUGAGCAUACCAUUGUCCAGUUGGGCGUAAAGUUGGGAGAUGUCUUUGGGCCCGCGGCCCCAGGCGCCAGCGAUAACACUCUUUGCUCUGCCGCCUCAUGA